GUGACAGCCACAGAGGGCGGGGAGCGCACUGAUUCCCUCCCCUUGCUGCUGGCUUUCAUUUCCAGGCGGAUUGCUUGCAGUCUAGCCUCACUCAUUGCUCUGAUUCCCUGCAGCCCAUGCAGUGUUCCUGCAGAGUUAUCUGCAAGACAGGCUGGCUGUGGAUAUAAUCAGAAGCCAUUGAGAAGACUGGAGGACCCCCCAUGACCUGCACAUAGAGCCGCCUGGCCUUUGUUCCAUCCUCCGAACAUCUGCAGCUGCUAUCGAAUUCUACAGAUCUUAAAUGCAAUAUAAUGGAAUCACUUGCAAAAAGGAACAAGGGUCAUGAGAAUCCCCAGCACCAGGAAGAAGAGGAGGAAGUAGAUCCUCGGAUACAGGGAGAACUUGAGAAGCUGAAUCAAUCUACAGAUGACAUCAACCGAAGGGAGAUCGAACUUGAGGAUGCCAGGCAGAAGUUUCGCUCAGUUCUGACUGAGGCAACGCUGAAGCUGGAUGAAAUGGUAAAGAAAAUUGGCAAGGCUGUUGAAGACUCUAAACCUUACUGGGAGGCCAGAAAAGUGGCCAGGCAGGCUCAGUUGGAAGCGCAGAGAGCCACCCAAGACUUCCAGCGUGCAACGGAGGUUCUACGGGCAGCCAAGGAAACCAUCUCCCUAGCAGAGCAGAGGUUGCUUGAGGAUGAAAACCGUCAGUUUGAUUCUGCUUGGCAAGAAAUGCUGAACCAUGCAACACAACGGGUCAUGGAGGAAGAACAGAAGAAAACGCGCAGUGAGCUGGUACACAAGGAGACAGCUGCCAAAUAUAAUGCUGCCAUGGGCAGAAUGAAGCAACUAGAGAAGAAAUUAAAGAGGACCAUUAACAAAUCCAAACCGUAUUUUGAACUGAAGGCAAAGUAUUACUUGCAACUUGAGCAACUAAAGAAAACUGUAGAUGAACUUCAAGCUAAACUAUCGCUGGCAAAAGGUGAAUACAAAACUGCAUUAAAAAAUUUAGAAAUGAUCUCCGACGAGAUCCAUGAAAGGAGAAGGUCUUCGGCCAUGGGCCCCAGAGGACGUGGAGUAGGAUCUGAAGGCAAUAAUUCAGUGGAAGAUCUCUCUCUGUGCAAACUGGAAUCCGACACUAUUUCUAUGACCUCUGAAGUGUUUGAUGAUGACAACCUCAACAGCAUGAUUUCUGAAGAGGACUCUGAGACACAGUCGCUUUCUAGUUUCAGUUCAGGUCCAACCAGCCCCUCGGAGAUCCCCAGCCCAUUCCCCUCUGCACCUCGUCCUGGCAGCCUGGAUUUAUCAAGCCCCUUGUCUCUUUCUGAUUUUGGACUAAUAUCACCUGUCCUUGGCCCUCGCAGUGAGUGCAGCGGGGCAUCCUCACCGGAGUGUGAUAUGGAAAGAGGGAAUAGAGCAGAAGGAUCAGAAAACAAAGCCCAAGACAGAAUAAACAAUAACAGCAACACGACUAAUAAUAUCAGGAAGUCCACGGUAUUCUGUGCGCUGGACAACAAGAUGAAACAGCUAUCUUUAUACCAUGCAAAGCCAGAGAAUGAUCCUGGCACAGGCAGGCAGGUGGUGUCAAUGGUUUUGUCUAAUAAAGUGUGAGCCACUUGGCAUAUGACAGAGGAGACUAUCUUGGCCAACAAUCUUUGCUCACCACACACCGAGUGUGCCGCUGCUGGGAUCUGGAUGAAUUUGAGCUGGAGAUACAUAGCAUGAGACGGUGUGAUAAAGUACAGGUGGCUUUUCUAGAGGGCAGUCACUCUGCUUUUUCCUGUCCCGAUUUACUGUAUGCUCUUGGGAUAUUUUGGGGGGGGAGGGGGAUGAAGUGCAGAAUAGCCAUCAUCAAAGCAAUAAAUUGCUGCAAAGCCCAAGCAAUCUGUGCCAAAUGGAUUAAUGGAUAUGACUUCUCCUAUGAACAUUUGUAGCAAGGAUUGUUUUUGUUCUUCAUGUUUUUGCUGUGGAGGUUUCCAUUAUUGUUCUGACAGACAAAUAGUGUUCCUCUCUGUUCGGAUGUCAAGAUGGGAAUAGAGAUUGCAUUGACAUUUUAGCGAUUGGAUUGAUUUCUGAUAUGGCACUAGAACAUGUAAUGAUGCAAUUUGGACAAGCACUUUUACAACGGUCUUUAAAAUCUCAUCAUGGAUGUGGGAGUCAAGGACAUAUGUAUGCACAUAAUUAAAAGAUAUUCAAAGAUCUCAACGCAACCCAAAACAUACUAUACAUUUUAUUUCAGUCAAGACAUCUAUCCACCUAUACAGCAGGUUAUCAUACAUUUAACUUAGACAUAUAAGGAGAGAGUAAAUUAAUUUCUUCAAUUAUUGAAAUUUGUUUCCUGUACUGCCAACUUGAUAUAGCUGUCAACUGAACCUGAUGUUUCCAUGUAUACAAAUAGCCUGACAGCCAUUACAGACAUACCUGUUCAUGUCAAAAUAAAAAGUAGUUUUUUUUCACAUUAACCACUCACUAACUCAUCGUACGCCUUACAUUAUGCGUCUUCCAAACCUAUUGACCUUACUCUGUCUAACUGGUAUUUGUAUUUAUGCUGUAUAACCGUGUACCCCAUAUAUCGCAUUGGGGAAAUUCUUCAUUCCUACAGUACAUUCUCAGAGAGAAUGUUACAUUGCCCGCUCUGGAAAAAUUAGAUGGUGUAGAUUGUAGACAAAAAUGGUGGACAUGCUUCAAACAUGAAACGUUAUGCAUUCUUCACAAAAAAUAUAUAAAAUCCUUUAAAAUCAACUGAACUGAUAAGACAAGUGUUUCAAGUUUUGGAGCUACAUGAUUGAACGUGGAAGCGGUUAAAAGAGAACGAUGGACCUAAAGUAGACUACGAAAUGGUCAUGUGUUGAAUAUUUUAAAUUAUGUAAUCCUGAGAUUGUGUCCUUUUUUUCAUGUCUUGUAGAACAGACGAAAGUAGGACUGAAUUCUACCGUGUGCCAUUUGCAAUGUUUACAGCUUCUUUCACUACAAAAUUAUUUUUUU